AUGAAGUUCCGUGCCGUGAUGAACGAUAGCAUCAACAUCAAGGAAUUUCUCAACGUAAUUGGUACCUUCUCGCGAAUGCAGAAGAAUAUCAUCAUCAAUGUACAGCCGAGCAAGCUGAUUCUACAGAUCGAAUCCGAAGCGUACGAUGGACAGCAUCUCUGGUGCGAGAUCGAUGCGUCUCUGCGGGAUGGUUUCUUCUCCGAGUACCUGAUGGACGGUAUCGACAGUGAAUACAACCAGAUCUACAUGACUUGUCUGGCGGCCAGCUUCUUACGGGCACUUUCCUACGUGCGUAACAAUCCGGUUGACUACAUUAAGCUGAAGCUUAUCAAAACGCACAUGCCUUGUCUGGCGGUGGAAAUGUCCGCUACAAUCAGCAAUGAGCAGGAGGUUCUAACGCCAAAGAUACAGCAUGCCAUUCCCGUCACGGUGGUACCGCGUAGUGAGUGGAAUCAGUACGAUAUUCCGAGUGAGGUUGAAUAUGAUCUAUCGAUCGCUAUGCCAUCGGCAAAAUCGUUACGCACACUACUGGAUAAAAAGAAAAAUCUCGCUCCGACAGUGACACUGUACGCCACACUGAACGAUGAACUGUCGCUCGUGGUGGAAACGGAAGUGGUGACCGUUGCGAGCCAUUAUCGCAAUCUCAAGUGUGUUCCGGCACGUAAACCACCGGUUGGUCACGAGGCGCAGGACCAACUGACGAAUAUGUCCGAGGCGAGCUGUCGAGUGGAUACGAAGAAGCUAGCGGCACUGUUUGAAACGAUCAAUUUUUACGAUAUGAUAAUGACGGCUAAUAUACGACACGAACAGGCGCUCAACAUUCGCUUCGACAUGCGAGAGAAUGCGUUUGUUAAUUAUAUAUUACCGGCUACGAAUUUUGAAUAAAUU